AGUCGUGGUUCAAUAAUAUGAUCUGAUCUCUUCAUAAUGAAAUCAUGCUAAAAUAACCAUUUAUAAUAUUUUUUUAUAUUUCGUUGAAAGAUAGUUUAGCAAUGUUAAUACAACUGGCGGUUGAAAUCCCUUUAGCGCACGUUUAUCGAUUGUAUAAUAAUGCAUGUGGGCUUUGCUUUUGACAGUAACCGCAAUCCAGACUCUGCAUAGAACGAAUGGCUAGUGACUCGGGGCUUCCCAUCUGUUGAUUAAUAUUUUAAAUUUUUUUGAAUUGGUUUAAAUAGAACAACUAUUUUACAGUUUCAUGAACUAUAGUUUCACAGACCACGACGUUGCAGUGUUUUUGCUAAAUUUAAAAAUACAUGUUUAAAAGUAAGACGCAUAUUGUGUACAAAAAGUAAGAUCAAAGGGGUAUUAUUUGGUAUGGUGAAAUAACAAAGGGAGCAGCUAACGACAAAGAUGGAUAAAAAAGCUUUUGAAAUUGUGCUUGAUGAAAUCAGAAAGUGUGUGCUGACAGAACAAAGAAUAAAAGCAAUCGAUCAUGUGCAUGGAUAUUUUUCCAGUGAACAGGUGACGGAACUGCUGAAGUAUUUUUCAUGGGCUGAACCUCAGAUAAGAGCUAUAAAAGCAUUACAACGUAAAAUGGUGGCUAUUCCUACAACCAAAGUGGUCAACAUUCUUAAUUGUUUUACAUUUUCAAAAGACAAACUUCUUGCUCUGGAACACAUUGCUUUAAAUAUUUCUGAUGCACAUAAUUAUCGACCCAUUGAAGACCUUUUUCGUAUCCAUCUACAUGAAAAAAAACGAUGUAGAAAAAUCUUAGAACAAGCAGCCAAAGUUGGUUGUCAAGCUCCGGAUGCUAUGAUCUCUUCCUGUGGAAUUACACCUGGAAAUCCAUAUCCACAAGGAAAACCAAGUGUGAUAAAUGGAAUAUUUCCUGGGACUCCAGCCAAAAGGGAUGGUGAUGACAGUUCCAUUGAAGGGAGAGGAAUUGCUGCCAGGAUUCUUGGACCAUAUAAACCUGCACCUUCAACCUAUAAUCCUCACAAGCCUGUUCCUUACCCAAUACCACCUUGCAGACCACAUGCAACCAUUGCGCCAAGUGCAUAUAAUAAUGCAGGUUUGGUAACCGGGGGUGGUGUAAUUGCCUCAACUGUGCAACCUCCUCCUUAUGGAGCUAAUCAGUCUGGAGCAGAAAAGGAAGAGAAUUCCAAUCCAAAAUCCACUCAGUCUCAGUCUUUUUCCAGACCAUCUAGCCAACAGAACCACAGUUCUACAGUUCAAGGAGCUACAGUUUCUUCCCAUCCAUCAAAUCUUUCUACUUCUACUACUCCUGGGCCUUCUCCCUCACCUUCUAAAACUACAUGCCUUCCAGCAUCAACUGUUCCUAUUUCCCCAGUUUUCCCAGGUUAUGUUCCUACCGCUGCUCAGUCUCCAAGUUCCGCAACACUUGUUUCUUCUGUCAUUAAAGGACCUCUUUUGCCUGGUUCUCCACUUGCCACUGCCAACGUUGCUGGACGUUCUACACCAGCAACACAAAGUUUGACUGGAGUUUCCCCAUCUGUUCCACCUAGUCCUUCUGUUAUAAAAUCAUACACACCCAAUGUAACACCUUGUCCUACCCCAGUGCCUAAUGGUUCCUUUACUCCUGUUUCAUCAGCCCACUCUGGGAUGUCCAGAUCAGGGACUCCUUCAGGCAUGCCUGCUCCUAAAAGUUCUUCUACUCCAAUUCCUGCUGUUUUUAGUCCACAGAGUCACCUGCCUCCUUCAACGCAAGGUUUAGCUCGUGAAUCUCCUGUUAACACUCCUAGCCAUCAUGGAAUGUCAAACCCCAACUUUAAAGUCUUCUCUCCUGAGAUACAAUCUCAUCAUGGCUCAAUACAAACUUCCUUUACUGGACAUACUACUUCUGCCAAUUCUGCAACAGGUUCCUCCACCCCUACUCCGUCUGUAAUCAGAAGUUUUACUCCUUCCAUUCCUACUCCUCAAGACUCUUCUCCUAAUCAGUCUGUUUUCUCUGGCCUACCUGUGGCAAACUCUGUUAAGCAUUCUUCUGCCAAUGGACAGUCUAUAACUGGCAACAGUGCUUCACCAUAUUUAGGAACCAUGGCCUCUGAGCAGUAUGUUAAUGUGUCUCCAAAUCUGUCUAAUUUAUCCCGCCACAGUAAUAGCCCUGUAGCUUCUGCUUUCAAGGGGCCUUCCAGAUCAUCAACACCAUCUCUUAGUUCAUUAGUGAUACCAAACUCUUCUGCAUUAUCUUUAAAUCGUUCUUUGAACCUCAGCCAUUCUGCAGCAACAGCGCAGGCUACCUUGUCCAACACUGGUGGUUUGCAAGGUCUCCCUACUCUCCCUACUUUAAACUCCCAGGGCACAGUUACCACAGUUUCCCAUACAGCAGCUGGUGUAGCAUUUUCAGCAUUGCCAGGUUUUUCUAACCUCACUUCUGCCUCUGGUUAUCUUGGAGCAUCAAAUCUCCCUACAGGAAACAACCCAAAUGCUGCAAACUCUUCUUCAUCACCUUCGUCUGUUACCUCCUCUCCCUUUGGCCUUGGCAUGUCCACUCCCAUUUCUUCCAUUUUCCCGGGUCUACCAUCUGGACCUCUGGGGUCUGGAAACACUGGGUUUUCAGGCUUUGCUGGUUCAAACACUCCUGCUGGUAGCCCAGUACUGUCCUCCUUUGUUGGUCUUCAGGGUCCCUCCAGCUCUGUAGCAGCUGUAGCACCUCUACAAGCAGCAGUGGCUGCAGCUGCAGCAGCCCCGCCUUCUGCACCUGUCCUUCCAGGAUUUGCUUCUGCCUUCAGUUCCAGUUUCAAUCCUGCUCUCGUUGCACAAGCUGGCUUGUCUGGUGGUCUUCAGCCUACAGGAAAUGCUGCAUUCCCAGGACUCUUGUCAUUCCCUGGAAUUCCUGGUUUUUCGCAAAGUCCAUCUCCAGCUUCACUCUCUGGACUUCAGCACACAGCGGUUCAGUCUGCACUGUUACAGGCUUCGGCAUUAGAAAACUAUCCAGCACAACCCAACAGCUUCCCCAAUUACGCAUCCAGCCCAGGAACUCCAUUUGGACUGCAACCUGGCCUCCACCCUCAGCGUGGAUGGCAAUAGAUCUUCAGCAGCCUCAUAUUCAACAUUGACAGGUUCUGGAGAAGAGUGAAAGAGAAGAAGUGGAUUUUUGGCAGCAUUUCUACAAAGUUACAUUUAUUAGAAUUGUGAGAAUGGGUAAUUAGAAAGAAAGAUGUCUCUACAUUUUUCAUUAAGCAGCAUUGGAAAAGCAAUAUAAAAAUACCCAUUGCAGACCCCCGUUUCCAAGGAUUACACUUUUUUGUCACCAUGAAGGGUUUUGGUUUUUAUAGUUGAAGGAAUGUUUGAUUCUAGGCAUCACUGAAAAUAGGGCUUGUUUGAAAUGUAACCAGCAAUGUGCAUAUUAACUCAAUCAAAAAAGACUCUUAUGUCCAUUCUAUAUAUUUUAAUUAGAAAUGUCUUGGUUUUCUGUCUUUAUAUGAACUGUUUUGCACACAGUUGAGCCAGUAGGUUCUGAGAUAAAUAUCUAGGAGUUAAAUGUGGUGUUUAUUAACAUUUGUUUUAAUAAUGAUCAUUAUUUGCCUUUUUGUACCAGUAUCUUUAACAUUUUGUAUCCUGUGUUUCUUUGCACAAUCAUCCUAUUAUGUUUACUCAAAUAAGGCUGACUUUAUUUUUUGAUGGUAACAAAUUAACACUGCCAACCAAAUCAUCAUAAUUGUUAAACCACCAUUUGAUGCUGUCCUUGAACAAGAGCAUAUAGCCCAUUAUCCCUGUAGCAACACCGUACUUUAAAAUUUAGGCAUUUUAUCAUAUUUCUCCACUUGCAUAUUUCUGAGAGGUUUCAAUAUUUUUGAAAUCUGUAGUUUUUCGGUUGGACAGAUCUUAAAAUUUUAUUUUUUUAUCAUGUAGUUUUUAAUUUUUUUUUGCACUGCUUACAACAUCAAGUCUCAAAGAUUUGUAGGGGGAAGUUGAGCCAAGCUACAUCUCUUUGUAGUAUAGGAUCACAUUAAAAGAUACACACACGUCUAGUUAGUGGGGUCAUUUAAAAGUCCAAGUGUGUGAUUUGAUCCUUAAACUUUGCCUGUUCAAGUCUGGCUCAGUGAACCCAUUUACUCACCUUACAUAAAUAUGUAGAAGCAGUUUAUGACUGCACUUGGCACACUGUUUGUGACAAUAAACUUCCUCUUGUUCUUCACAGGAUGCCGCCUGACAAAUCAUGAACUUAACUUCAAAUCAUAGAUUUCUUUGAUCGGACCCCUUUAGAUUUUUUUAAAUUGAGGUUUAGAUUGAGUAUCUGUGCCAAUAAACUUUAUAAUUAUGCUAAUUUGAUUAUUAAGAUAUAUCUAGUUUGAUGCAGGAAAUUGAAUGUAAUAUGUUAAGCUCACAUAGAAAAAAAACUAAGUAGGAAAGACAUAAAUUAUAAUUUACAGAAAGUUGUUUUUUUGUUUUUUUUGGGUUUUUUUUUUGCUUUUAGCUAACAAAAAAUACCAGUGCACAAUAUAAUAAUUAACAAAGGCCUCCUCCUAAGGUUAUUUUAAUUCAUGCAACCCCAUUUUUUUUUUUUUUUACAGUUUUCUUUUCAUUCCAGAUACUUUAUUUUCUUCCUCAGAUCCUGUAUUCUAAAUUGAGUUUUGAUAUUAAACUCAAUAUUUAAUAGCCAAACACUUCAUAAUGACAAAGUAACUAUAGCUGUGAAAAAAAGAAAACAUGGAUAAUUUAAGACGCAAUGCCUUUGUCACUUUUAGCCUGAGCUGCAAAUGUUUUGUGGUCACAGAUAUGUAUGUCAUCAUUGUCAGUUUGUUUACUUGUGUUUUUUUUUUGUUUUCUUUUAUAAUUAUGAUGUUUUUCCUAAUUGACAUAUUGUUGGAGUUGACAAUCACGGUAACUGCUUUUACCGUCUGAGUGCUUUUUCAGUUCUGUGUGAUUAUUCUGGUUCCUUAUUAACACUCCGUAAAAUACAUUCCCACGUAAGAAGUGGUGAAACACAAUGUAGGUUUGAAAAGGCCUAACUGUUAUAUGAGCAGUGAAUCUGGAACUUUCUGGAAAAGUGUAGUGUGUACUGGGCAAAUGCAAUUCAUAGUAUUUUGUGGUUGGUGCUUGCAAGUAUUUGAAUUUUGCACAUACUCAACACACGCAUGAUGUCCUUGAAAUCAGAGAGUCCAAAAAAGUGGUGUAAAGAGGUCAGAGUGAGACUGAUUGCACAAAGUAUAGUAUUUCAACCCGGACUGGCGUUUACAAGAUAAGAUGGGAGUGGUGUGAUUCAGUCUGUGCCAAUCACCUUGCUUAUCUGUGUUUUUUUUUUUUUUUAUGGUAGAAGUACAUUUUUCUGCUGUGUAAAAAAAGCAAAAUGUUGCACAAAUACUUUGCAUAUGGAAAGUGUUUUACUUUUUAAUGCUGUUUUGUGUUGCAUAGACUAAGAAAACUUGCUUAGGUUAGUUAUGUCAUCAUAUUUAAUGUAAAUCAUAAAAGGCAAUGUUUUCUCUGCAGGUAGAGUCGAUUGUUUGAAUUUCGAUGAACAGGAACAAAAACUAAUUCAGUUUGUACUUUGGACCAUUCACUCUCUCCAUUGACCGUAAUAAUGACAGUCUUCCUGAAAAAAUUAAGUGUUCCAUUUUGAAAUAUAAUACAAAGCGAUUUCCUGAAAAUGUGCCUGAAUAAUUAAAUCAUAACCCUUACAACGCCUUAACGUCAGAUUUGACCUGGCUUUGUGUUUGAAAUCAAUAAAAGCACCCUAAAUUUCAUCUGUUCAGGAUGAAACUUAGUGACUUGUCGUACAUUUCUCUCAAUUGAGGAACAGGAAAAAGGGAAAAAAAAAACCUCCCAUAAUUUAUAUAGCUCAUUUUUUACCCACCUUUAAUUUUAAUGGAUUUUCCACUACAUUUAAGGACACAACCUAUAAAAACAUCCUAAUAGUCUUCCAUUCACUUCAGAAAUGUGAAGGCUUUUAGUAAAAUAACCUAGCUUUACAAAAGGUAGAACAGUUUCCAAAUAUCCUAUUUUUAUAACACAGCUGCUUCACAUUUGGAACCCUGCCAUUUUCUUUGAACCCUCCAUACAAAAAAGUAUUUGUAUAGCUUCUUCACUUUUUGAACACUACCAUCAUCUUCAGGUCAUAUUAAUGCCACCAAACCCCAUAUUUUCAGCUCAGACAUGUAAGGGACAUUAGUUUAGUAACAAGACUUAACUUUACCAAAGCCUCACAUUUUCAUAUAACUGCUACACCUUUUGAACAUUGCCAGGUCCUUUGGGUCAUUUAUGACCCACUAUUGGCUUUAAUGGAUUUUCCACAGCAUUUCAGCUGCUUUGUUUGUUCACAACCCAAACGCAUCCUAAAUGUCAUCCUUUAAGAUCUGCAGUACUACAGAUUAAGAUGGCCAAUCAGUUUUAACUACCUUUGGGGUGAACAUGUUGAUGUUUAGGGAACCUGAAAGGGGUGUCAGAAUUGGGUCAAAAGAGACUCAGCAUUAGAUCAGCACUUGAAGACAUUGUGAGAGUUAAGUAGGAUUUGUCUGUUCAGAUGUCGUCGGAGAAUGUUUAUUGUAUUAAUGUAGGCUGAUGGAAUUAUGUGUAUAAUUAGCUGCUUGUAUUUUUUUUUUAUUGAAAGCUCUCUCCUUCACUUCUUUGAAUCCAGACUAUAACUAGAUAUUAUCAGCAACCAAUUUUUUUAUUUCUAUAAAGUUCUACAAUUUAUGUAAAAAUCAAUGGAAAAGUUUUUAAAUGAGAUCAAACUCUUCCCAGUUUAUAAAAACAUCAAGUUUGAAAUUGUAAAUUGAAUUUGAUAUUUUAUGUAUGAAAUACUGUACAUUAAAAUAACAUUUAAAAAGAACCCAUCUUAGCAAUGAAAUUCUAACUGGUAGCAAGGUAUUUAAAGAAAAAGAAAACUAGAUACAAUUUUGAUUUUAACCAUUAAAGUUAACAGUAAAAAAGAA